AAAACACAGUAAGAAAAUAAGAAAAUUUCCUGUAGAGAAAAAGACAAGUCUGUUUAGAACUUAUACAAAUCUACCUAGGCCAUUUAGAAACAGCUAGGCUUCUAUUAACUAUAUUCCUGACUACUUAUUAGAAUUUAGCACACCACUGCUUAUUUUUGAUAGAAGAAAUUAAAAUAUGUGUGGAGUGCUAAAACUUUUAGACUAACUGCAACUAUGUAGCGAUACAUAUAUACACACUUUGGAUAAGUAGAUAACUAAAGCACACUGGUAGUAUAUAACAUAUGCAUACAUUCCAAGAAUAGAAAAUGGAGUCUUAUUAGAUACUUGGUCAAACGAAGUAAGGGGGAAAAAGGCUACCUUUAAUCAAGCACUAAUUCCUAUCACCAAGAACUUCAUAUACUUGAAUGAGGGAAAGUUUUGAAAAUGAUCACAUGAGAACAGAAGAAUAAAAGGCUAUCAUAUAAUCCUGGCAAAAACUCUAUAGGUCAAAAUAGAUGUGUACUUUCACAGGUAAGCCAACAGGGGAAUGAUAAAACUUAAAUAACAUUUAUCCAGUUUGGACUUGUGGAGAUUCCAUUUAAAAAAAAAAAAAGGUAAUGAACAUCCACUAUGAUUUCUUAAGCAAACGGUUUGGGGCAGAAAUCAUGGACCAAGACACAGCAUUUCCACCUUUCAAAGAUUUCAGCACAACACUGGAGAGUCACCUACAAGCCAUCCACGAAUAAACAAAGGAGAUCUCUGGCAGGGGAGGGAGAGGAAGAAGCGGGGGAAGGAGACGUCAGAUCCUUCCCCAGCCAGAAAGUACCGAGAUAGCCGACUGAGAGCAGAGCUGUCUCCGACCUCAGCAAAGAGAACUCACUCCUACGACUAUUUCCAUUCCACAAAAAAGAAGGGGGAAACAGGCUGUUGCCAACUUAAUCACAGCAAACUCUGCAUCUAGAUCGGGAUUUUAAUUCUCCAGAAACUAAGAGCCGGUAGACUCUGCAAGAACUGGUUAUCCAAAAAGUAACUAUUCCACGCAACAUUUAUCCCUCUUGUUAAAUAUUAAUUCCAACUAGUCAAAGAGCUUUACUAGUAAACAAUUAAGUCUUGAAAAAUCUAGGUACUCUAACAAACCGCCUCUUUCCCGAAACUCUGUCAGCGUUGAGAAAGUUCACUCCUCGUUUCGUUCUUUCCUUUUCACCUCCCUUUCGCCCCUCAAAAUGGCUUUCUCUGCACACUGUAACUUCCUUUUUCCCCUCAUCUUCCCUCUCCGAGUCAGUCCUCUUUCUGAGACCCUUCUCACAAGCGUCAGUUCGGAAGCCGCGAGCACACGCAGCUCCUCGGGCCUUUCACGCGUCCUAACAAUGACUCUUCCCCAAGUCGCCGACCCUGUCCCCCCUCCUCCCGGCCCGGCUUUCAGCAGCAGCCCGGCUCCUGCUAAGUUUCCGAGGCGGUCCUCGAAAGGAGGCUGGAAACCUUCCUCCUUCCUCAGCCGUCCAUCGCAGCUUCGCUCCAAUCAGUCUCCCAUCCGGACGCACGCUCCCACCCCCGGCCCUCCCAGGGCCUCCAUCCCCGUCCCGCAGUCUCUCUUCCCGCCUCAAACUUCCCGCAGACCCGCUCCGCGCCCUCCCGGGCUCGCCCGGGCCGCCGCCGCCCCCUCCCCCUCCCCGCCGCUCCCCACGUGCUGGGAGGCCGGGUCGCGGCGGGACCGACGCGCCGGCCAAGGGCUCGCCGCUCGGGCUCCGCAGCUCUGCCCUCGCGGCCCAGCGGUGCCCACGCCGAGGAGGCCUGGGCUCCACCGCCCAGCUGCCCGCCCGCCCAGCGCUGGGAUGCGCUCCGCGGCGCCGGCCUGCGCUCGCCACUCACACGCCCCCCGCGCGCCCAACCCGGCCGCCACCGCCGCCGCCGGCCCUCGCAGAGCCGCCCCGGCCUUCGCCCGGCGCCCGGCCGCUGGGCCGCCGCCCGGGCACCGCGCCGCCCCCGCCCUCUGCCCGGCCGGCUCCCGUCCUGCCCGCCACAUCCUGACCCGCCCGCCGCCCCUUUUCUUACCGGCGGACGUGCAGGCUUCGCGGGGCGGAGGGAGCCACUCCGAUCGGCGGCCUCCCCCGCGCCCGGGCCCGCGGUCUCCGCCGCCGAGUGAGUCCUCGGGCUCCGGGCGUCUCGGGCACCAACGGCGAGGGCAGCCAGAGCCAGAAGUAAAGAGCCGUCGUCGUCGCCGCAGGCACGCGCGCGCUCCCGCUCCCGCCGCUUAUCGGCUCCCGGCAGCCGCCAUGACGCCGAGAGAGCGAGCGCAACCGUCUCCGUCGUAGCCGCCGCCGCCGCCGCCGCCACCGAGGUCGCCGUCGCCUCCGCCUCCCGCGCGACGUAAGCUCCCCAGCUCACUCCCCUUCCCCACUGGGCGCGAGGCGGGCUGACGGGCGGGCGGGCGCGCGCACGCCGAACCCCCUCCUGCUGGCGCGCGGGCGGCGGGAGGGGCUACGUUGUGGAGUCGUGGGGCGUAGGAAGAAAGCGAUUGGAGCUGAGGCGGGGCGGAGAGCGAGUGCGCGCAUGCGCACCGAUGGGAGCGCGCACGCCGGCGGCGCGGAGGCCGCUGGACUCUGGCUAUAGCUGUGGGCUGCUGAUCCUUGCUCGGGCGCCCUCUCUUAGCAGCCGGGGUUGAAUUCCGGGAAGUGGGAGCUGCAGGCUCGCUCCGUGCGGGUAUGGACGCUGCUGUCACUCGGGACGGUUGCGCAAGGACUUCGCGGUGGAGAGACUGAGAGGGAACCGGGGAAGCAGGGGCAUGGGGAGAUGCUGAAGACUGUGAUGGGGCUCGAGGAACCGCAGAAGGGUCGCGCUGGAUUAGCCCAGGGAGCCGGGUCGUGCACGGUGUCCUGUCGCCCAGGCCUCGGCCCGCAUCUUUUCUCCGGUCCCCGGCCCCGUCUGAGUGCCUGUCCGGAGGGACGGAGAGGGACCCGCUGCGUCACACCAGGCAGCCUGAGACCCCAACUGUUGGGCAACUGUGGUCACCUCCGACCGCCUCCUACUCUUAGGCGACCUGCGACAGAGGCUCCCUUGGGGCCUCAGGCCUCCUAAGGGCGGGGCAACUGAGGAGACGGAGAGAAAAUAGAGACGAAGUUGUUGACAUCCUGUGACACUUCUUGAUUCAUCUGUGGGUUCAGAAAAAACUUUUACAACCUUUCUAGGUCCCUCCCUGGAGGACGGGUGGAGGGUGCGGUGCCGAAUCGCAACAAAAAAGCAACUCGAGGGACGUUGGUGACUGUCCAUGUUUAACGUGCUGCAAUUUAGUUGACGGUUUGUUUCGUAACUGUAACUGCGGGCCGCAGUUACAAGCCUAGAGAUGUGUGGAUGGAAACUCUGUCUUUUCAAGCGUGGUGGUGUCCCUCUUCACUCUUUUUGAAAGCGUUUUUUUAUUUUUGGAUCAACAUUGUUUUGCACUUCAUUAUUUUUUCCGGUCCACAGAUCAGUCUUGAAUCAUUCUAGGUUAACGAUAGUUUUUGAAACUUUCGAAUCCCAUUCUUCAGUUAUUUGAUUUGGUGUAAAGGCCCAACUUCCGAGUUCAAUGAGUUUGAAAGGGGUAGCUGCAUUCCCAAAAUAAUUCUUUUCGCAUGUGGAAAUAUUCGUUUUAAUCUACCAGCUGUUGAAACAGUUUGAUUCAAAAAGAUCUCAAAACAUAACUCCAAAUAUGAGUUCAUUUUAUGGAAGGGUAUAUUCACCUUUGGGGAGUAGGGGAAGGCAAGCAGGUACACAUGGGCUACUGAAAAAGAAUGUGUCAGUGAUCGACGGAAGAGGGAAACAAAAUGGAAAACUACCAUAGUUUGCAAAGUGAUCUGUGCUCCGCCUCUUUUUUCUUUCCUUUUUUCCUAGUUAUUAAAUAACUGUAGUGCUGGGUUGUGAGGAAUAACAAGACCAUAGAAAUCUCCAUCUCUGAAGCGCCUAAAAGUAGGAACCAAGUGCUAAUUUUUAAUAUGUUUUAAAAAUAUGAUAAAAGUGCCUUAAUGAUAGGAAUUUCCUGUGCCUCUAAUUUCUUUUUUGCAUUGCUAGAGUGGUAAGUAAAAGAUAAAAGCCCCAGAAAAACAGUAACUGUGGCAGAUAAAGAAUUUUGUGGUCAGAAGUGUGAUUGAGAUAAUAAGAGCCCUUAAUUGUAACUAUACUACCUUUUAUUGUUGUCUUACAAAAAAGAACUACUGUAUGUUCUUAAUCUAUUUUAUAUGUUUUCUGAAAGCACACGUCACACGUUUUUUAACUACUGACUUGCCAUUUGGAUGAGAUAUGCUGCAUAUAAAUCCUAGACACUUUUUUGCAGAAAAAAAAAUCUUGCCAAAUUUGUAAUAAAAUAUUGAACCUUGGAGAUUUAUAUUUCUGGUAAAAUCGUAGUAUACUUUAUAACUCCAUAGGAUUUUAGAAUGACUGUUGAGAAUAUGGAGAAAUACAAGGUAAGUGGAAAAUUGGAACAAUCUUGCCAGUUCAGUUUUUAAAGUCAGUUGAUAAAUAAGGCAAAAGUAUUUGUUUGACCAUUUGUUAUCUGCGUAGUUAAAUUCUCACUUUCACUUUGUUUGAAUAAACUGUCUUUAUCUCUACCUAUGAGUAUUAAAAACAAUAGACAAACAGUUGAUAAUCUCAACACAUGACUAGCAAAAAUCCCUGAAAAAUAACAGCAACCAGGAAGUUUUUAUUCUUAGCUGAUUUCCCAUUUGGGACAUUUCAUAUUCUUUGGAAACUAUAUUGCUUUUAUGAAAUCAAGGACAGCGCUUUGUGAGUCCUUAAUUCUAACACAUCCUACUAGGUGGGGAGAGAUUGAGAACCACUUAUCCAGAAUUGUGAGAUGUGUAACAUAAAGACAAUGAUAACUCUUACUUUUCUGUUAAUGUUUUGGAUGCCCAGAUGGGAUUUGAAUUCCAUAAUUAAGUUCUUGUUAAUUAGAGGAUUUGCCUACUAGAAGCUGCUGAAACAAUCAGGACCGUAUUAAACUACCCUAGAAUCUCAACCUAUGACAUCAUCCCUCAGGAUGUUGCCAAACAGAGGAACAGCUUUCCAAAUAUACUUAAAUUUACGAAGUCCUCUAUAAAUAGCACCCAUGAAAUUCUAAGUCACCUUACACUGAAAAUGUAUUACACAUUUUCUGUUUUCUUAAUCAUGAAAAUUAUAGGAGAGGAGCUGUCGUUCCCAGUGUUGGGCAGGGAGCAGGAGUCAGUCACCUAGGAAAUUUUUUCCUAAUUACACAUGCCUGACAUUCUCAUUCCUCCCCUCUCCUGAUAUGCAGAAUUUAUAGGUUCUAGGUAGUGUUUGAAAAAAUAUCCUAGAUUCUUCUGAUAUCCACCAACAGCUCAUCCACCUCUCUUAUGGCCACUGUAUUGGGAUUUUUACUGAUAAAUUCUUGAAUCAUAAUAAAUUAAGUUUUAAAUGGAAAGUUCUUAGAGAUGAUACUAAGAGGCAGCUAUGUAUAAAAGCUAAUAGACAUUCAAGUCUGGACACAAAGAUUCUACUUCCUCUACUUACAAAAUUAAGUGUGCACACAGAGUAAGAAAAAAGUUAAGUAGCUAAUCUCAAAAUAUCAAGUUGGUGUCUUGAUGCUAUGUCACUCUUCCUUCCCCUCAAAUCCUUUAUUUACUGCCCAUUUUACCUCGUAUCUGUUGUCAUCAGCCUUUCUUCUUAAUCCCCACUACUUUGUUUAUUUGGACCCUAUUUUCUUAUCAUUUCCUCCAGCUCACCCUGUAGGCUCCUUUCAGACUUGAAAUCUAAUGAAAGCACUCUCCUGCUUUAAAUACAUAUAUUUAAAUAUACCACAUAUAUUUGCAUACAUACAUAAUAUUUUAAUUACUUAGUCUGUUCACUCUGACCCCAGCAUCGCCUCCCAUCGUUCCCAGCAGACACUUGACACUAGCUACGUAUUUCUUCAGGCCGUUGGAAAGGUAUCUUUCUCAUUGUUAAUGGAUACAGUCUGUCUAUCCUGUGAAUCAGUCUCUUGUAGGUUUGUUUAAGUAAGUCAUCAAGAACUUUUGAGUGCCCUGACCCAAUUGGACUGACACCCUGUGGGACAUGACCGGCAGCCCUCUCACUUCCCUUUUCAGACAUCAAAUUGUGUAUUCUGUAAGUGCAGCUUGUCUUUGUAUUGUAAUAAACCAUUUUCUUCCAUACUUCAUUAUGAGCUCUUGGAACACAGACUCUCUGUGUUCCCUAUUUAUUAUGUUGACAUUCAUUCAAUAAAUUGCAUACCAGACACUCUGCUGGGGUGGAGGAGGGGAAUUAGAGUAGAGCAAAAACGGAUACUUUCAAGAGUUAAAGUCUAGUGCAGAAAACAAUCACUGCAAAGUCACAACUGAGAAAGAUGGUAUGAAGAAGCAUACAGUGCUGCGAGAAUUCAUAACGGAGGAGCCUAGUCAGAAAAGUCCUUUAGGAAAGUGACAUGAUCAGAGAACUGAAGAAUUAAACAGACAAAAGGGAUGUGAAGAGCUCCUUUCCAGGUAAAAGAAAACAUGGGCAAAAACUCUGGGGCCAGAAAGAUGUCAGUUUACAUCCCAGUUUGGCAAGGAUAGACUUUUUUUACUUUCUGAAGUGGUUUGGAUGAUCGAUUACAUUGCCAUCUUAUCUAUAAGGGACUACAAGAAACUCAGUACUGCUGGAGCAGACAGAACUCAGGAAGACGAAGCUGCAUAGAGGCUAGGCCAUUCAGGGCCCAAAGGCCAGGAAAAGAAGUAAGGUUCUUCUCUUGGAACAAUGGGAAACCUUUGAAAGAUUUUAAAUCAGGUGGUAAUGAUGGGAUUUGCAGAUUGAAAAUUUUGCUCCAGCUGUAAAUUGCAAAAAAGGAUUAGAGGCAGGUCAAAAUAGAUACAAUAUUCUUAAAUGAAUUAGGCAGGUACAGCGGGUAAAAGAUUAGAAGUAACUUGAUGAACCAGGGUAGUGGUACUGAGAAGGAGAGUAGAUUUGGAAGGAAAAGCCCACAGGAUUUGUUGAUGCAAUUGGAUUCAGGGUUAGGAAAAGGAGGGAAGCUGUACAUACAAUGGAAUGGAAUGGAACUGAAUGAUGACAUCUGCUUGAAUGAUAAUAUGGUUGGAGAUGAGUAGGUAUAAAUAUCAUUAGGACUUAAUGAGUUUCUGAUGCCUUUGAGUCAUCCAGGAGACUUGGAUAGAAGUCUAGAGCUGAGAAGUGAGAUCUAGACUGAAAACAACUGUUAAAUACGUAGGGAGAAACUAAAGUCUUGAGCACACAUGUAAUAGACUUGGAAGACAACCUAGGAAUGUGCAAUGAAGAAGUUCAAUUUUUGGCUAGAUAGAGCUAGCUGGAUAAGGAGUUGCAGAUGUCAGAAAGGUGGUGUGCAAUGGAGGACAAAGGCUUAAGUGCUUCAAGGAAGGAGUGGUGAGUAGUGUCCAAUGCUUUCACAUGGUUUGACUUUGACUUGGGAGGGAAUAUGAAUUUUUUGUUUGUUUUUUGGAGGGUUGUGGGUUUUUAUUUUAUUUGUUUGUUUAGGUGAAAGAUUUAAGAUGUUUCAGAGACAAUGGGAAAUGUCCUUUUGAGAGAGAUUGAAUAUAU